GUGAUUCCAGCCUUGCGCUUCCUUCCCGCCUCGCACACAUUUCACGCACCACCCUAAUCCCUGGACCGAUUCGAUAAGCGCCAGGGGCCGCAGAAGGCCGCCACAGGCGUCGAAUCUCGAAAAUGCCGUUCUAUUUUUGUCGAGGCUACCUUUUAGCCGCCACGGUGACAGCGUCUGCGCUUCUGUCUCCCGCGACUGCCACAUCAACAACUGGCCUUCGAGAACAGACAGAGCAGCAGCGUCUCGCUGUUGUCGUUCCAGCGUACAAGGGUGAUCUCGACAGGGCCGUGGCCUCGCUUGGGCGAUGGCCUACUGACUGCUCAUCCGUCACCCAGCGAAACGUCGAUCUUGUUCUUUACUACGCCGAAGGAGAAGAGGAUGCAGCCCCCGUCGACGCCGCUACCACUGCCCUCGCCGAGAGCGCCGGCCGGUGCUUCGCCAAGACCCUCACGGUUUAUGCUCACCUCAGCGAAGAGGAUGACGUGUACCCGAGAGGACCUUCCGUGAUGUUUUACAAAAUGUUCCUCGACGAGCGAAUUCGCUCCAACUUCUCUGAGUAUGACGCCCUGGCCAUCCUCGAGUGGGACGUUCUUGUCGCCACCGAUCGCUCCUUCGAGGAGCUUUACCACGCCGCUUUCCGCGUCAACGAAGAGUUCUGGGUGAAGGGCAGCAAUCUUGAAGGCACCAACUUCCACUCAAGCUCCAUGAUGUCGGACAUGUGGCACGUCCUUGGCCACAUCAAUGGCAACGCCAUCUACAACAACAAGGACCAGGCGUUCGUUGAGUACGUGGACUACACGCGCUCCCGCUGGGAGUACAACUACCCGUACGACGUGGCCCUGUGGCUCACCAUCUCAGACUUCCCGUACAGCUGGCCCCUCUACCAGCGUUUCUCGAACAAGUUCGUCACCACCAACUUGAUCGCGUACGUCGGGAAGGCGCACGUAGACCACGGCACCGUCACAGACGCCAUCGCAGGCCAGACUCUUUUCAUCCACGGUAAAAACGUCGACGAGGGGAGCAACCUAUCUGUCCAGAAGGUCAACGAGGCCAACGGCACCCGCAAGAACGGUGGCGCUUCCAAGGUGGUGCGUAAGGUGCAAAAUCGGAAGGAGAACGAGAUGUGGAAGACCUCGGAGGGAAAAAACUGGCAUACUACCGAGGCCACGACGAACGAAAGCGGGGCGAAAAUGGCGCGUGAGCUGCAGGAGGACGCGUACGACCGCCGCCGCCUGACCGCCACUCAGGACGGCAAGGUGGCCCGCAAGCUGCAAAAGUGGAGGGACGCUAACAAGUCGGGGAAGAACAAGUGGCAGACUUCCGAGACCACAACAAACGAAAGCGGGGCCCGUGAGCUGCAGGAGGACGCGUACGACCGCCGCCGCCUGACCGCCACUCAGGACGGCAAGGUGGCCCGCAAGCUUCAAAAGUGGAGGGACGCUAGCAAGUCGGGGAAGAACAAGCGGCAUACUACCGAGGCCACGACGAACGAAAGCGGGACGAAGGCGGCGCGUGAGCUGCAGGAGGACGCGUACGACCGCCGCCGCCUGACCGCCACCGUGGACGGCAGUGCCCCGAAGGUGGCCCGCAAGCUGCAAAAGUGGAGGGACGCUAACAAGUCGGGGAAGAACAAGUGGCAGACUUCCGAGACCACAACAAACGAAAGCGGGGCCCGUGAGCUGCAGGAGGACGCGUACGACCGCCGCAGCCUGACCGCCACUGAGGACGGCGGUGCCGCGAAGGUGGCUAGGAAGCUGCAAAAGUGGAGGGACGCUAACAAGUCGGGGAAGAAUAAGUGGCAGACUUUCGAGACCGCAACAAACAAAAGCGGGGCCCGUGAGCUGCAGGAGGACGCGUACGACCGCCGCCGCCUGACCACCACCGAUGACGGCAGUGCCCCGAAGGUGGCCCGCAAGCUACAAAAGUGGAGGGACGUCAACAAGUCGGCGAUGAACAAGCGGCCGACCUUCGAGACCACGACUAACGAAAGCGGGACGAAGGCGGCGCGUGAGCUGCAGGAGGACGCGUACGACCGCCGCCGCCUGACCGCCACCGUGGACGGCAGUGCCCCGAAGGUGGCCCGCAAGCUGCAAAAGUGGAGGAUCGCCAACGACAAUGUGCUGGAGAACAAGUGGCAGUCUUCCGAGACUACGACAAACGAAAGCGGGACAAAGGUAACGCGUGAGCUGCAGGAGGACGCGUACGACCGCCGCAGCCUGACCGCCACCAAGGAUGGCAGUGCCCCUAGUGUGGCUCGCAAGCUGCAAAAGUGGAGGGACGCCAGCAACAAUUUGUUGGAGAACAAGUGGCAGACUUCCGAGACCACGACAAACAACAGCGGGACGAAAGUGACGCGUGAGCUGCAGGAGGACGCGUACGACCGCCGCAGCCUGACCGCCACCAAGGAUGGCAGUGCCCCUAGUGUGGCUCGCAAGCUGCAAAAGUGGAGGGACGCCAGCAACAAUUUGUUGGAGAACAAGUGGCAGACUUCCGAGACCACGACAAACAACAGCGGGACGAAAGUGACGCGUGAGCUGCAGGAGGACGCGUACGACCGCCGCAGCCUGACCGCCACCGAGGACGGCAGUGCCCCUAAAGUGGCUCGCAAGCUGCAAAAGUGGAGGGAUGUCAACAACAAUUCGGCGAAGAACAAGGGGCAAACUUCCGAGACCACGACAAACGAAAGCGGGGCAAAGGCGAAGCGUGAGCUGCAGGCGACGGACAGCGAAGACGUGAACACCCUCCGCCGUGUGCUGGAGACCCCUACCACCGCCGCCUCUGCCGACCGAGAUGAGGUGUCUAGCUUCUUCGAAAUGGAGUCCAAGCGUCCCUUCGUGGACGAUGUUGAACGCGGCAGGCUGUGCGCGUUUGUGGCCGGUACGGCCUCGCAAGUGGACGAGAUUGAAGUGACUGUUUCGAGCGUCCUCGAGUUCGUGCCUGGCAUGCGCGUCGCCGUUGCGGCCGAGGCCGAUGCCGUUGAUGCGUACGAAAGGUGCGACUCGAUGAUUUCUCGGUUGGCAGCGUUUUGGGUUGCCCGUGACCACUACACCAUCAAUCGCUUCGUUGCCAACCCAUUUCGCAGAGCGGUCGGAGGCCUGCCCGGUGUGAGCGUGUCCAGCACGCAAAGUGUCUUCACCGCAAGCUUCUUCGCGGACGAGUACUGCGGCGUAGCCAACACCACCCUCAUCUUUUAUCUCAAGACCGGAUCUGUCGUCUCAAGAUCAUUUACCUCCAAGGACACCCACUCACCCCAGGGGGAUCUCCUUGUUGUGUUCGGCAAGGGUCACCACGGGGACGUCGCAGAUCGAACAACCGAUGUGCUCGGGUUCGAGGCGCCACCGUUCACCACCGGUACGGAUGUGAUUCUGCCGGUCGGGGCCAACGCUGAGCUGCGGGCAGCUUUGGCGUCGGAGAAAACUGUCGAUGACGCGGUCGGGGCGAUCGAGGACGUCUUCGACCUGGGCGAUACCGCCGCCGUUCCGCAGAUGCUUGCCGCGCUUCAGUACAAGCGCGCCGCUCCGGGAAUCUGGUUCUUUAACCCGCAGGAGUGGGUUACCAGCCACCUUUUCCAGGACGCAUCCAUUUGGGAAAUCCCCCUCGUGAAGCCCCGAUUUACCUGCGAGUUGGACCCUUCAAGCAGCGCCGAUGAAUUCGACGUGGCUGAUAUCCUGCAGAGAAAUCUUGAUUUCUUCGCCAUGGGUGGAACGUGCGAGGCGGGUGUGAUCUCCAUGCAGUCGUAA